AUGGUUGAUGGUAAGAGUAGAAUGAAGUAUAAAAUUAAUUUUAAAUUAAAUAUAAUCAAUAAAAAUAAGAUGAUUAAAAUAAUUUUAAUUUAUGUUGGAUUUUUCUCAGUGUCCAAUUCACAAAACCAUUUUAUGCCGAACUUGCCUUUUGGAGAAUAUCGUGUAGUGACUGAAAAAAUAUAUCCAUGUGAAUCCACAAGAAACCAUUCAAUCAAAUUUAAUUUAUAUUUUAGUAAAAAGACAUCAAAUAUAACUGAGUUGAAAGGAAAUGUAACAACAUUGAUUCCUUUCGACGAUACUCUUAUAUGUGAUAUAAAUCUUUCAUCUUGGGGUUCAACAGGCGGUUGGAUACCAAAUACAUAUAUUAUCAUAACCAAAAAGCCAUGUAGUACAUUGAAAAACCUCAUUGGAAAUGCAUGGCUUAAAUCUUUAAAUUAUUUUAAUGCACCUUCCAGCUGUCCAAUACCAGCGAAUAUUUACAUUACUUCAGGUAUGGAUUCCAUGGUAUUCAUUAAAAAUCAUAACUUUCCCAAAGUAUAUUUUUAUGGAAAAUAUAAAUCUGUGAUAAAGAUAAAAAAUAUGAAAAAUGAAUUACUAGGCUGUAUGAAUUUUGAGUUCUCUCUUAUACGGCCAUGGGAAAAACCAGUUUGAUUGUAAUACACUAUAAUAUACAUUGUCUCUUUUUUUUUUUAACAAAUAGAAAAAAUAACUUAUUAAACGUAUUUAU